GGCGAGUAGGUACACAAAAAUAUACCAAAAAUUGAAACUUGUUUUGUACCCUCUCCUGCUGUAAAAAAACGUGAAUUGUGAAUACAAGUAGUGAAAGGAAUUGAGUGACUGACUGAAAAUAAAGAAUUCGCGGUAAAUUCCAAUUUUUAGGAAAUAAGACCUUAUCUGAACUAUUACCAGGAUGAACACUGAAGAAGAAUUUCUUGAUAGUGACUCUAGUGAUGAAGAUUAUGUCCCCAAUAGUAAAAUUGAAGACGCAGUGUCAGAGGUGGACUCAGACGGUGACCCAGAAGACUCAGAAGAUGAAUCAAAUAAAAAGGGAGGCAAAAGGACUAAAAAGGUGCUGACACCUGAAAAUGAAAAAGACGAAGGUUGCAGAAGAAAAAAAUGAUGUUCCAGAUACACCACCAGAAGCGACUCCAAGUACAGGAGAUCCUAAGCAAAAAGCGGACGAUUUGUGGGCUGAUUUCAUGAAAGACACUGGUUUUACAUCUAAAAACACUAAAGCAACAUCACCAUCUUCCAGUCAAAUUGCAAAAACACCCAUUCAAAGCACGAGCAGAAAUAACAAAAAAGAAACUGAGCCUGAGAAACAAGCUGAAAAAGUUAAAAUUACCCAAAUAUUCGAGUUUGCCGGGGAGGAAGUGAAAGUUGAAAAAGAAGUUGACCCAAAUUCAGCUGAAGCUCGCCUCUUAUCCAAAGCUCCUGUAAAGAAAAAAGCAGCAAAUCUCAAUGGUUUGGGGAACGUUCUGAAUCAAUUAGGAAAAAAGCAAAAAAUCAGUACUUUAGAAAAAACAAAACUCGAUUGGGAAAAGUUUAAGAAAGAUGAAAAUAUCAUAGAAGAGUUGGAAAUACAUAAUAAAGGAAAAGAUGGCUAUCUUGACAAACAAGACUUUCUACAAAGAGCUGAUGUACGAAGGUUUGAAAUUGAAAAAGACGUAAGAAAUGCUGAGAGAGCUAAAAGGUUAAAUUAGGUAUUAAUAACACGAUUUUGUGUCUUAGCAUGUUAUAUAAGAUAAGGCAAUAGAUAUUAAAUUUAAAUCUUUUUACUUGACUUUUUUGUUGAAAUAUAUGUGAAUGUGACAUGAAAAACAUUCCUUUUGGGUUGUCACAAGACACACUUUGUCUAAAACGAAAUCUAGUUAUCCAAUAAAAUAUUAGAUUUCCCAUAUA